AUGAACUGCGCUAGGUGCAACCGUGACAUCGCGAACGCAAAAGACGUAAUUAAGUGCGUGGACUGUGGUGCAGUGUUUCACGCGGCGUGUUGUCGCAUCCGCACCGUGGCCAAGUUGAACGCGAUGUCAGCACGUAAUGUGUCGGCGUGGAAAUGUGACGAGUGUGUACAGAACACUACAUCGACCGUCAGCAAAAAGUCCGACCCUGAAGAUACCAAGGUGACAGAUCUGCUUGUGUCAAUGAAAAAAUACAUGGAGCAACAUUUUGAGACAAUCGAGAAGCAACUGGAGACGCUUCAGACCUCACAAGAAGAAUUAAAGUGCAGAAUUGCUGACAUCGAAUCUGAAAACGUGCUUUUGAAGGCGAAAUGCGAGGAUGUUAAGAAAUAUAACGUAUUGUUGAGAGAUAAGGUUAGCUGUCUGGAAAGCGAAGUAGCCGAACUGCAGCAAUACUCCAGGAAUCAUAAUUUAGAAAUUAGAGGGAUCCCGCCAACGAGAGAAGAGGACGUCUACAUGGUUCUACAGGCUGUAGCACGUGCCUUGGGUGUCGGUUUUAGCCGAGACUCCAUCUCUGCGGCCCACAGACUCCCUACUCCCAGAGGAAAGAAGUUUUACCCCAGCAUCGUGGUGCAGUUCAUCUCAAGGUCCAUCCGUGCCUCCUGGUUAGACGCUGCCAGACAAAAGAGGAUCAACACGUCAGACCUGGCUACAACACUGCCUCCUGGACCAGUCUACGUCGUCGAACAUCUGACCGUGCGAAAUAAAGCCAUUCUGGGCCAAGCCAAACACCAUGUGAAAGAAGGACAUCUCACCUACGCCUGGACCCGGGAGGGUAAAAUCUUUAUACGGAAGACGGCAGACUCCCGAGCUAUCCGCCUGACGAACCUGGACGAGGUGGAGGAGGUCGCGGGGGCGAAGGACGACGGCGGUGGCGAAGGUGUGAAGACAACAACAGAGACGGAACCACGCGGAACUCCGUGA